GUGACACCUGUGUGUAUUGUGGCGAUGAAAAGUUGCUGUAGAAUUUACAAGUGGGAAGAAGUGGAGUGAUAUUUGGAAAUCUGACUUUUUGAAGCGUAAUUGAGCAAGCAAACCACUUAUGGACAAUGUGCAAAAGCUCUGGUUAAAAAAUGACAAGGAAUUUGUCUACAGGAAUCUCAAACAGAACAUACCAGUUUUGCUGUCUCUAUCCAGAUAUUUAAGAAGUGGAGCAAGGGAUUCACUCGAUCAUCCUUCCCGCUCAGACUGUGGGGAGGGAUUCACUCGAUCAUCAUUCCCGCUCAGACUGUGGGGAGGGAUUCACUCGGUCACCCUUCCCACUCAGACUGUGGGGAGGGAUUCACUCGAUCAUCUGACCAACUGGCAUGCCCGUUAUUUUGCAGAGGGUAGAUGCCAUUCAUCUGCUCAGACAGUGGCAAUGGAUUCACGCGGACAUUUCAACUGAAGGUGCAUCAGCAAGUUCACACUAGGACAAGGCCAUUCACCUAUUCUGUGUGUGAGAAGGGAUUUAGUCAGCGUUCCCACCUGUGGACACACCAGUCAGUUCACACUGGGCAGAAGUUGCUCAUCUGUUGAAUUUGUGGGGAAAGAUUCACUCGGUCAUCUGACAUAAUGGCUCAACAGCGAGUUGACACUGGGGAGCAGCCGUUCACCUGCUCAGACUGUGGGAAGGGAUUCACGUUGUCAGCUCAUCUGCAAGCACACCAGUCAUUUCACACUGGGGAGAGGUCACUCACCUGCUCAGACUGUGGGAAAAGAUUCACUUCAUCAUCUCAACUUAAGAUACAUCAGCGAGUUCACACUGGGGAGAGGCCGUUCAGUUGCUCAGUCUGUGGGAAGAGAUUCACUCGGUCAUCUGACCUAAUGUCUCACCAGCGAGUUCACACUGGGGAGAGGCCGUUCACCUGUUCGGACUGCGGGAAGGGAUUCAGUUGCUCAUUUAAACUGAAGGUACAUCAACGAGUUCACACUGGGGAGCGGCCGUUCACCUGCUUGGACUGUGGGAAGGGAUUCACUUGCUCAUCUAAACUGAAGGUACAUCAACGAGUUCACACUGGAGAGACGCCAUUCACGUGCUCAGACUGUGGGAAGCGAUUCACUCGGUCAUCUCACCUAAUGUCUCACCUGCGAGUUCACACGGGGGAGAGGCCAUUCACCUGCUCAUACUGUGGGGAAUCAUUCACUUGGUCAUCUGACCUAAUGUCUCACCAGCGAGUUCACACUGGAGAGAGGCCGUUCACUUGCUCAGACUGUGGGAAGGGAUUCACUCGGUCAUCCCAUCUGAAGAUACAUCAGCGAGUUCACACUGGAGAGAGGCCGUUCACCUGCUCAGACUGUGGGAAGGGAUUCACUCUGUCAUCCACCCUAAUGACACACCAGGCAGUUCACACUGGGGAGCGGCCGUUCACUUGCUUGGACUGUGGGAAGGGAUUCACUCGGUCAUCUGACCUGAAGAUACAUCAGCGAGUUCACACUGGAGAGAGGCCGUUCACCUGCUCAGACUGUGGGAAGGGAUUCACUCGGUCAUCUCAACUACGGAGACACCAGCGAGUUCACACUGGGUAGAGUCUGAUCACCUGCACAGACUUUGGGAAGAGAUUCUCUCAGCCAGAUCAACCAACUGUGCAUCAUUGAGUUCACACUGGGGAGAGGCUGUUCACUUGCUGUUAAUGUGGGAAGCGAUUCACUCAGCCAGCUAACCUUAUGUUAACUCACUUUGGCUGGCAACUUAAGUUUGGAGUUGAUAGUCCCCAGCCCGGUCAAACUUAAGAAAUCUUGUUUGGGUGGAUGCUGUGUGACG